GGGAAACACAUGCAGCAAGCAGCGUGCAGCUAGGCAAAACAGUCGCAUGGCUUUCAACAAUGCACACCCUAAACAUGCUAAACCUGGUUGCGAAUGCCUUCAGUUUCUGGUUUGGUGAAUGUGGUGCUGAUGGUGCUCAUGUGGAUGGGUGGGUGCCAGGCGUCCCCUCUCAGAGCGGUGUGUGACCCGCGCGUGCUGGAGCGCUUCAUUAGAGAGGCCAGAGACACAGAGGCAGCCAUGCGGAGCUGUGGAGGAAGCUGUGCUGUAACGAGUGUGUACACAGUUCCCCUGACCAAUGUUGACUUUACCGACUGGGAGCAGAAAGAUAUUGAAGGACAGGUAGCUGAGGUGCAGGUGGGUUUGUCUCUCUUGGUCCAGGCUCUAGUCGCAGUGAGAAAGACGGUCAGCGUCUCUCCGAUCAGCAGCCUACUGGACAGUAACAUCAUUAACAUACAGAGCCUGAUCCACAUCAUCCACAGCCUCAGCUCACAGGUGCAUCUCUCUCUCUCUCUCACUCUCAUUCACUCUCUCUCUCUCUCUCUCUCUCUCUCACUUUCUCUUCUAUUCUUCCUCUAAUCCUCUUUCUCUCUCUAUCAUCCUAUUUCUUUUUCCAUAUUUUAUUUUAUAUAUCACUCAAUUCUAUAUAUCUUUUUUUGCUCUCUCCCCCCUUCUCAUGUUUAUGUUCCAUUUUGACCCACCUCAUUCUUUUUCUCUUAUUCUUCCCAUCUGCCUUUUUCUUUCCCUCUCUAUGUUUCUCACAAUUUUAAUCUCCUGUUUUUGUUCUUUUUCUCUCUUCCAUUUUUCUCUCACAUUUUUUAAUUUUUUCUCUUUUUUCCCCAUCUUUUAUUGUCUCUUAUCUUCCUCUACUUUUUCAUCUUUCUCUCUUGCCCUUCUCAUUUUCAUGUUACGGUAUGUCUUUCUUCUUUUUCUUCUGUAUUACUCUCUUUUUCAUUUUAUUAUCCCUCAUUCUCAUCCUCUCUUUAUCUCUCUCAUUUCCUUUCAUUCAUUUUCUCUUUCACUAUCACUCACCUCUCUCUCAGCCCCCUCCAUGCGGUUGACCCCCAGUCACAGUGGCGUCGUGUUUCUGAGAAGUGGAGUUUUUUUUUUUUUUAAAGCUCAAUAGUUCAUUGAUAGUACUGCAGUGUGGGAGGAGCUUCUGGGGUGAGCAGUUGGGGGUUGCUCUUUUCUGGCAUGAGAACAGUUUACAUUGAAGGUACACCUAGUAAUAUCUCCCCAAUAGUUUGGAAUCUACAGUCUGACUCGUCUAGGCCACAGUGCACCACUAUCACAUGUUCCUGGUAUACAGUCUGGUGCUAUCAUUACAUUACAUUACAUUACAUUUCAUUUGGCAGACGCUUUUGUCCAAAGCGACUUACAAUAAUGAAGUACAAAAGUAAUAGGAAUUUAGAUAACCCAUUUU